AUGGCGACCUUUUCCGCCUCGGCCGCGGUGGGCGAGGUGCUGCGACAGCCCGACGACCUUGUCAAGCUCGCCGCCUACCGCAACAAGCUGCUCAAGGAGAAGGCGACGCUCGACGCCAAGUUGCAAGAAGGUGUCCGGUUACAGCUGGACGCGACGCGCGACGCCCUGAUCAAGCUGCAAGAAAGCCGUGCGGCCGCUGGACUCAUCCGCGAGGAGAUGAUCGAGGUGGAAAAGCUCAAGCGCGACAAGGAUGAAGGCGAGACGUUUGAGAAGAUUACGCGCGUGUCGUCUGUCCACCGCAACUUUUCGCAGACGGCCAAAAUGGUCAGCCAGCUGCAGAGCAUGGCAGACAAGGUGCAGUACCUGGGCGCGCUGCUCGACGACGACCGGUCCCAUGGCCCCAUCUCGUCGGCACCCAACCUGCUCCCGAUCCAUUUCCAACUGCAACAGCUCGAGGCGUUCCGCAACGAGACGAUGCACGAGGCCAAGCGCGGCGACGCUGCCGACAAGCAAAUCCUUACACGGUGGUUUGAGCCUCUGGACCAAGUGGGCCAGGAGUUUGAGGCGUGGAUGUGGGAGAUUUCAUCCAACGUCGUCGAGCUCGCCCGCCGAGGGUACGGCGGCACCGUGGUCCGGCUGCUCAAGGUGAUUGCGUUUGAGAGCAAAGAGGACGAAAAGGCCGUGGCCCUGCGUCUCAUGCGUAAAGUGGGGACGGCCGACAAUUCUGCCAAGUUUCGCUCCAUGCAGGCCAACGCGCGCGUGAUCAAGAAUUACCGCCACAAGUUUCUCGAUGCCUUGGACAAGGCCAUUGUCGACGCGUACCAGCGCCACUAUGACGCCAACCGGGACGACCUCAUGACGUUUAUCGACGAGCUCCAGUUCAUCUACAAGGACAUUAUCCGCAUCAAGGACGACGUCGACCCGCUGUUCCCUGCCGACUAUGAGAUUGUGCAGCGCAUGAUCAAAAAGUACCACAAGGGCCUGAACGACAUUUUGCGUAAAGUCGUGGCGGACGCACCCGAGGCCCAGGUCCUGCUGCACCUGCACGCGUGGACAAAGGAGUAUCGCCAGAGCAUGAAGGAGCUCGAGGUGCCCAAGGAAUGGCUCCAGCCUCCCCUGCUGGACGGCAAGAGCCAGGACCUCAUUGAAGACUAUGUGCGACUCAUCAUUACAAAACUCGACGAGUGGACCAUCAACCUCCAGCGCGAGGAGACGGGCAAGUUUAAAUGGCGUGCGUCGGAACCCAACAUUGGCGCCGACGGCCUGUUUGGCAUGGACGGCGUGGUCGAUUUCUUCCAGCUUGUCAACCAGCAGAUCGACCUGGCGCUCGAUUCCAACCAAGGUGCCGUCCUGUCGCGCGUCGUCACGGAAUGCGCCAAAGUCAUGCGCCGCGUCCAGGCCGAAUGGGUCAAGAUUGUCGCCGACGAGGCCCGGCUCCAGGCCGAGCGCAAACCCGAGGAGGUGGCCGGCGGCUUGGUCGAGUAUGUCAUUGCCCUGGCAAACGACCAGCUGCGCGCCGCAGACUACACCGAGGCACUGCAGCACCGUCUCGAGCCGCUCGUGUCGGACAAGUACAAGGCCGUCAUUGCCGACCGCCUCAACGAGGCCAUUGACGGAUACCUCGACGUUGCCAAGCGGUGUACGUCUGCGCUCGUCGAGAUUGUCUUCAACGACCUCCGCCCGGCCACCCGCGCCCUUAUCACGCCGCAGUGGUACACCGACAGCCUGCUGCCGCAAAUCGUCGAGACGAUGCGCGACUACCUCGGCGACUAUAGCGCCCACCUCAACCCGUCCAUCUACGAGAUUGUCAUCGAGGACAUGCUCGACGCCUUCCUCAUCGUCUACCUCACGGCCCUGCGCCGCGCCCCGGCCAACGCACUGCGCAUGCCCGUCGCCGCCCAAAAGAUCCGCAACGACAUUUCCCAGGCCUUCGACUUUUUCUCGGCGUACAAGCAGCCCGCCGAGCUCGAGCAGUCGUUUGACGUCAUGGACCAAGUGGCCUCGAUGCUGUCUGCGUCCCCGGACAUGGUGUUUAUGGACUAUUGGAAGUUUGCAAAAGUGCACGGCCCGCAGCUCGACUUUGUGGACAGCAUCAUGCGCUCCCGCGACGACCUGGACCGCAGCGCGGUCAGCGAGGUCAUGGAUACGAUCAGGCGCAAGGCAAGGGAGGAAGGCAUCCAGGAUCCGCAGGAGCCGACCAUCAUGGUCAAGGUCCACGGCAACUCGGGCGGCCUCAUGGCCAACCUGUCCAACUUGGCCAACACGUACGCCGGAAACCUCGCAGACCGUACCGCCAAGCUCGGCGAGCGCGCCGGCAUUGGACGAAACUAG